AUGGAUGAUUCACUGAUUACCAAACGUGGAUUCUUGACACCAAGUUUGCUACGAGAACACGUCAUCAAACUCUGGGAGAAAGAAGGUUUCUUCCUGAAGCAUCUGUUCUCAGGGUUUGACAUGAACAACUCCGAGAAAGGCUUCAGUCCUGAAGUUUUCUUUUUGGAGUUGCUUGUGGUUCCUCCAUGCAGGAAAUUGAGGAAAUAUUGUUCCAGUGAAUCUACAGAGAUCAGUCAGAUAGAUCAGACCUUCUUAACGGGAAUCCAAGGGCUGACUCUCACAGACAAGCUCUAUAACAUGUGGAUCCGCCUGCAGAGUCACGUCAACAUAGUGUUUGACAGCGACAUGGACAAACUGAUGACUGAGAAGUUCCCAGGCAUCCGUCAGCUCUUGGAGAAGAAAGAGGGUUUGUUCAGGAAACACAUGAUGGGAAAGCGUGUGGAUUACGCUGCACGCUCAGUCAUUUGUCCUGAUAUGUACAUCGGAACCAAUGAGAUUGGAAUACCAAUGGUUUUUGCUACCAAGUUGACGUACCCACAGCCGGUGACACCCUGGAACGUGAAGGAACUCCGGCAGGCAGUGCUGAAUGGACCCAGCAUCCACCCUGGAGCCUCCAUGGUCAUUAAUGAAGACGGUUCCCGAACCAUCCUCAGCAGCAGCAACCUGACCCAGAGAGAAGCCGUGGCCAAACAGCUCCUGACCCCCAGCACCGGCCAGCACAGGAUACCCAUGAAGAUUGUAAAUCGGCACAUCAUUAAUGGGGAUGUGCUGCUGUUAAACCGUCAGCCCACUCUCCACAGACCAUCAAUUCAGGCCCACUGUGCUCGCAUCCUGCCCGGAGAGAAAGUGCUCAGACUACAUUAUGCCAACUGUAAGGCCUACAACGCUGACUUUGAUGGUGACGAGAUGAACGCUCACUUCCCUCAGAGUGAGCUGGGCAGAGCUGAGGCCUACACGCUAGUGAGCACAGACCAGCAGUACUUAGUGCCUAAAGAUGGGAAGCCAUUGGCCGGCCUGAUUCAGGACCACAUGGUGUCUGGCGCCAGCAUGACCAUCCGUGGCUGUUUUUUCACACGGGAUCAGUACACUGCACUAGUCUACAGAGGCCUGACAGACAAGAUUGGCAGAGUGAAGCUCCUGCCUCCCGCGCUCUUUAAACCUGUGCCUCUCUGGACAGGAAAGCAGGUGGUGUCGACCCUUUUGCUGAAUGUCAUCCCAGAAAACAGCAUCCCUUUAAACUUGAUGGGAAAAGCAAAGAUUCCCAGUAAAGCCUGGGUGAAGGAACCUCCCAGAGCGGUUCCAGGAUACAAGCCGGAAACUAUGUGUGAAUCUCAGGUGGUCAUUCGUCAGGGAGAGCUCUUGCUGGGAGUUCUAGAUAAAGCUCACUAUGGCAGCUCAGCGUACGGUUUGGUCCACUGCUGCUACGAGCUCUACGGAGGAGAGACCAGCGGCAAACUGCUCAGCUGUCUGGCACGGCUCUUCACUGCCUACCUGCAGCUUUACCGCGGUUUCACCUUGGGUGUGGAAGACAUUCUAGUAAAAGAUGGAGCCAACAAACAGAGAAGGAAAAUUAUCCAAAAGUCAGUCACAUGUGGCUCCAAGGCUCUCCAGGCUGCGUUUAACCUCCUUGCAGCUGCUGGUGACACUGAAGCCAGAGAACGCUGGCAAGACGCACAUCUGAACACAGACCAGAGAGAUUUCAACAUGGUGGACCUGAAGUUUAAAGAGGAGGUCAAUCAAGUGAACAACAACAUCAACAAGGUGUGCAUGCCGCUGGGUCUCCACCGCUCCUUCCCAGAAAACAACCUUCAGCUGAUGGUGCAGUCAGGAGCCAAGGGUUCAACUGUAAAUACUAUGCAGAUCUCCUGUUUAUUGGGUCAGAUUGAGCUGGAGGGCCGCCGGCCGCCACUGAUGCCUUCUGGGAAGUCCCUGCCCUGCUUUCAGCCCUAUGAACCUCAGCCGCGAUCCGGAGGAUUCGUAACUGGCAGAUUCUUGACGGGGAUCAAACCUCCUGUUAUCAGAAAGUCAAAGUGCUUGGAUGAAGUUCUGGCUAAAAUGGACCCAGAGGCAGCAUUUAAUCACUUUAAAGCCAUUAAGAGAUGGAAAGCCAAACAUGAGCGUGUUUCAUCCAGAGACGGUGCCUUCCUACUCUUCUCACAGAAGAAACUGAGCAAGUUAAAGUCUCAAAUCGAAGACCAGACACUGGCCAAUGGGAGAGAGCCAGCCACUCUACAGCUCUUGGAGAAUUGGAGAGCUCUGGAUGAGUCUGGCCGUAAGAAGUAUUUAAAGAAGACGUCUCAUUGUCCAGACCCGUGUCUGGGUCUUUACCGGCCGGACAUCUGCUUUGGUUCAGUGUCUGAGACCUUUGACUCCAUUGUUGAGUCCUACAUGGAUCAGUUCAAUGUCAAGCAGGAAUUUCAGACCUCCUCUGAAAUCAUUGACACGGAUAGAUUGAGGCAUCUCCUGCAGCUGAAGUGGCAGCGAUCUCUGUGUGACCCCGGAGAGGCCGUGGGUCUGCUGGCAGCUCAGAGCAUUGGCGAGCCAUCCACCCAAAUGACCCUGAACACCUUCCACUUCGCCGGCAGAGGAGAGAUGAAUGUCACAUUGGGUAUUCCAAGAUUAAGAGAAAUACUCAUGGUUGCGAGCUCUAACAUCAAAACCCCCAUGAUGAGCAUUCCAGUUCUGAUGAACAAGAAAGCCUUGAAACGUGUUAAGACACUGCGGAAGAAGAUAACGCGUGUGUGUUUGUCAGAGGUGCUUCACAAAGUGGAUGUGAUAGAAACUUUCCGCUCGGUAGAGAAACGGAGCCAGAAGUCACGUGUUUUCAAACUCACAUUCCACUUCCUGCCCCCAGAGCGAUACCAGCAAGACAAGCUACUCACCCCUAAUGAGAUUCUUCAGUUCAUGGAGCAGAAAUUCUUUCGCAUGCUAUUGGAGGCCAUUAAGAAGCUGAGUGCUAAACUGGCGGCUGUCAAUGUGGUGGAUACGCGCAAAGCCAUGGCGAGUGACAAUGAUCGAGAUGCCGGUGCCAUUGCACACAAAGAGGAUGAUGCCGAUGAGGAAACAGAAAACAACAGGAUUGUGGAUGAUGAGGCGAAUGAAGGCGAUACUGAUGCCACAGAUUCCAGGAGAAAAGAAAAACAAGAAGAGGAGGUAUCAGAAUUCACCCUAUGUCUAAAUAUAUAUUCAUGUUCAUAUUGUGCACAAUUCUUUUGAGCGGGCAUGUACUUCU